CCUUACACUAAGGACUGAAUGCGGCUGUAUAUCCUUUUUUAUCAAGUAUUGUUUUGUUUGACAUGCAAAAUAGCGAUUUAAAAAAAAAUAUACGAAAAAAAUAAAUAACAUACGGUACCUCGCUGCUUAUGGGAAGGUACGAAAGUAUAAAUGUAAACUUAAUAGCUCGUGCUGUAGAAGGGAUUGAACACAAACAGAUUGGAUUUGACAUGCAAAACAAACGCUCGUUCGUCGCUAGCUGAUUCGUUGCUAGAGCAGUCAUGGACAAGGUAAUACCAGGCUUGUAUAUUGGCAGUUUUAGAGACUCAAAAGAUUUUGCUCAGUUAGAAAAUAAUCAAAUAACACACAUUAUUUCUGUGUUAGAUGCACCAAAGAAAAUUCACCAAGAUAAAAACUAUUUGUGUAUUGAAGCAAUCGAUAGUCCCGAACAAAAUUUAAUACAAUAUUUUCAAAUAUGCAAUGAUUUUAUACAUAAAGCUCGUCUUAAAAGUCAAAAUGUUUUAAUUCAUUGUUUGGCUGGGAUGUCAAGAAGUGUAACUAUAGCUGCUGCUUAUAUAAUGUCAGCCACUUCUAUUAAAUUAAAACAUGCACUUAAACUUCUAAAAGCAUGUCGAUCAAUAGCAAGUCCUAACGAAGGAUUUAAUAAGCAACUUCAAUAUUUUGAAUUAAAUUAUUUAUUAGAAGAAAGAACCAGAUUAAAAUCGCUGAGCAAUUCUAAUGAUCAAUUUACAGCAGAUGAAGAAUAUUGUAAAAGAAUAAUUCAUAAUGGAGAAGACAAAAAAUAAAAACGAUUUAGUAUUUAAAUAAAUUAUUUAUGAAAAAUAAAACAAUCAAUACAAUUUUAGAAUUAA